CCCACAGGUCUCUUCCAUGUCCAGCUGCCAUGCUCCUGUACCACAGCAGAAUACAAUACAUCAGUUUCUCAUGAUGACAGAACCAGCAGUUGCUGGAGGUAUAAUAGGAGGGAUCCUUUUAUUUGUUCUCAUUGGGAUAACUGCAUACCUGCUCUGGAAGAAAUUUUGCCGCCUCCUUUCUUAUGAAAAACUCAGCAGUCCUGUCAAAAUGACAAACACAGAUGCCAUUUUUCAGGAUCAGUCAACUUCUGGAAUUCAACUGAAAAGCAUAAGAUCCAGAAGCAUUCCAUUUAUCAUUCCACCAACACUGCAUGGGCGAGACUGGAUUAACCUGACGAAGGAAGGACGUGUUCAGGAAGGCAGCGACCCCUACCUGAUUCCUCAGUCUGGGCCACGGUCAUCAUUCCAUUCUUUGGCUGGAGCUUAUGUUGUAGGCACCAUUAACCAAGAGCUGUACAAGUUUCCUGAAGACAUAAGUGAGACGGAUUUUCCUGAAGGCAACAUUGGCCGCCUCUGGUUCUCCAUAGAAUAUGAGCAAGAGUCAGAAAGGCUCCUUGUCUCCCUGAUCAAAGUCAGAAAGCUGCAGCCUCCUGAUGAUUCCUGUUGUCCGUUUGUGAAAAUCUACCUGCUGCCUGAUGAAAGAAGCUACUUGCAGUCCAAAACAAAACACAAAACCCUUAACCCGCAGUUUGAUGAAAACUUUGUUUUUCAGGUUUCCAGUAAAAUGUUGCUCCAAAGGACUCUGAAGUUUUUGGUUUAUCACAUUGAUAAACAGAAGAAGCAUCAUCUCCUAGGCCAAGUUGUCUUCCCACUGAAAAAUGAAACAUUAACUGAUGACAACAAACUAGUCAUAUGGAGAGAUCUGGAGAAAGAAAACUUGGAGCCUCCUUCAGAGUAUGGUGAUAUCCAGUUCUCCCUCAGCUACAAUGACUACCUGGGCCGUCUCACUGUAGUGGUUCUGAGGGCAAGGGGAUUAAAGCUCCAGGAGGAAUGCCAUGCUGUCAGUGUGUAUGUCAAAGUCUCACUAAUGAACCAUAAUAAAUUCAUCAAAAGUAAAAAGACAGCAGCUGUUCUGGGAUCUCCCAACCCAGUGUAUAAUGAAACCUUCAGUUUCAAGGCAGAUCAGACAGAGCUGGAUACAGCAAGCCUGAGUCUAUCUGUGCUCCAAAGUAUCAAGGGAGAAAAAACACAUCUGCUUGGACGUGUAGUAGUUGGGCCUUUCAUGUACACCCGUGGCAAAGAACUAGAACACUGGAAUGAAAUGAUCAGCAAGCCCAAGGAACUGGUUAAACGAUGGCAUGCUCUCUGCCACAGCAUGUGAACAGCACAGAUAAAAAAACCCACCUUAAUAUGUAAAAGCUCUCACAAUCUUUCAUAAUCUAAUGAUAAAGGGUACAGUCUUUGACCAUUUUAUACUCCUAAGUAGACAAGAAUAAAAUAAGCAAAAUCUUUCCUUACCCAAAUGUAAAGAGAAGACUUGGUCCACGGAUGGAACUCUCCUCUCUUCAAAAUAUACUUCUAAUUUAAUUAACAUGCAAAGUAAACAAAACAGGAAGACAAACAUCAUCUCCCAGUAUUAGUUAUUUUGACCUGUACAUUUCAAUUCUUGGUUGUGUGUUCUGGGCAUGAAUGAUCAUCCAUCAUGAGGACAGAACCUAACAAUGACCUAAGAAUUGUCAAUGAUACCAGGCCUGACUAUCCACUGCACUGCAUCACCAUGGACAGAGGAGCUUCACCAAAAGGGAUGGAAGCCCAGUAAGCAUGCCAAAACAAAGCCCAAAAGAUGUUGACUGACUACUAAACUUACAAUUUAUUUAAAAUAGCAUCAUUAUAUUUAAAACCUCUUUUGAAUAUGAAUGGUGGAAAGCACUGAGUGUUUAUUGAUCAAAAAACCUAGAAGCACCCGGUCUCAGCACAGUUUAUUUCUUGCAGUAAUUCAGUUAGAUUUUUUCAGCUGGCCUCAAUGUACAACACUGUGUUGACACUCAGGAAGAAGCAUAAAAGUAGUCCUCAGGUCACAAAUCAGUGGAGGCUUGAAGAAGUACUGGUGUACUCUGAGAAAGUAAUAGAAGGGACCUGUCCUACCCUUACAUAGUUCUCCCUAAACACGUCUGUGCUGGAGACGGAGCAUUGAUUACAAGAACCUUGGGUUUGACCUAGUAUGACCAUUCUUAAAUUGAAAAUCCAAUUAGGUUAAGCCCCCAGAACAUACGUCUGUUUUAGUGGUAGAGUUUUCUUUGUUGAGUAAAUUACUGUUCUGUAAAAUAAUUCAGAGCAAUUAUUUUUCAUCAAAUUAGAAUAAAUAGGACAUUCUUCUCCUCUUGAAUGUUCACCGGGGACCUGAACUCUGCACCUUUCACGCCGUACAGUCAUAAACCAGACUCACAGACUGUUGCAGCAAAACAUUCUGUACAAUGAUGUUCCAAGAGGGCCAUAAUCUGUGCAGCUGAAAAAGCCAGCUUCCUUUCAAACAGGAUACAAUAUUAAUUAAUUCAAUAUAUUUAAAAAAAUGAGAUGAGAACACUUUCCAUUUUGAUAUUAUUAUCUGAAGGAAAUACUAUGAAUGAGAAUAUAUCUGAAAAAAAAAAGUAAGAUAACAGACUCCACCUGAUCCCCCAUUUGAAACGUUACAUGUCACCCUCAGUCCAUCUUCCUCAGUGUACCACGGGAUGUAAGAUGAUCUUAGAUUCAUUACAUUUAUUGAAUUUUAUGUUCAACCCUCAUAUCUCUAUUAAGUAAGUAAUACCAACACCCCCAAACCCAGAGAGCUGUUUUCAAAUUUUACUCCUACAAAACCACUGAAAACAAAUCUAACAGGCGACACAGUCAAUAUGGGAAGAAAAACUAUAUAUAAACUCUAUGAUAACUGUAUUACUAUACUAAAGCAAUUUUACUAAAUACAUUAUGCCGCUCUAUGAUUUAAAUCAUAACAAUAAAUAUUAAAGAUCUUAAACUAUUAGGAAUGUUUCAGACAGGUUUACUAGAUUCUGCAGGAAGAUGCAUGUAAUGUACACUGUCUAUGAACAUAAAUACCGCUACAGUAGAAAGUAAGUCAGCUGACUUGAUGUACAGUAUGGUCCAAUAAAACAAUGUAUUGUACUAA